AGAAACUGUGACCUAACUCGAAACCCCACCGUUGCGCACUCCUCUUGCAACAGAGAAGAGGCAACAAUGGCGGCGGAGCUCUCCGAGGAGCUCAAAUCUUUCAUGGAGACGGGCAUCUACCGCUUGGAUGGAUCCAACGUCGUCUUCAUCGAUCCCGUCCGAGUCCUCAACGAGUCCUACUCCCGCUUCGCCCUCUCCCCCUCCGAUUACUACUCCCGCAGCUUCGCUCCUCCCAAAAGCGCUUUUCCAGCAGAAGCCGUUCCCAAGAAGCGGAAGCGGAAGCCGAAGCCGCACCACGAUCUCAAUGAGCGGGAACGCGUCGCGGAGAAGCGUCAUCAGGAAGCUAGGGCUUUGUUGCUGAGCGCGCACAAAGCGCUUCUUGCAGCAGCCGAUCUGUUGGGGCUUCUUCCCCAGGUAAUGGGAGGUGAGGGGUCCUCUCAUGGUGGAGAAAGAGCUGCUGAGAAGAAUUUUGUUGAGCUCGGAAACCACUGGAAAGCGCCUUUUUGUGAGAUCACCCUCGGUCUCCGAGCGUCGAACGAGGUUGAUCAAGGUUCUAGGCCUCGGCAUGAUGUUGGAAGGGCAGUUGUUUCAUUAUUUAAUAAUCUAAUCGGUAAUGAAACAAAUGAUGAUGUAGAAGCUGAAUUUCAAAAUUGCUGCUAUAUUUUACCUCGCAGAAGCUCCUUCCACAUGUCUGACUUGAGACAAAUUCGUGAUCUCGUUCCUGCUCAGUCUAGUCAAGGGUUUAAUUUAAUAGUAAUUGAUCCCCCAUGGGAGAAUGGAAGUGUUCAUCAGAAAGCAGCGUACCCAACAUUACCUAACAGGUAUUUUUUUAAUCUGCCUGUUAAAGAACUUGCUCACGAGGAUGGUGCCCUUGUGGUGUUGUGGAUGACUAAUCGGGAGAAGUUGCGCAUGUUUGUUGAGAAAGAACUGCUUCCUGGUUGGGGGGUGACAGAUGUCACUCCCUUUUACUGGCUAAAGGUUAAACCAGAUGGUUCUUUGAUUUGUGAUUUGGACUUGUUUCAUCACAGACCAUAUGAAUGCUUCCUCAUAGGUUACAUUAAUGUGGAUGUUGAUUUCCAAUGCACAGAAAAAUUUAAGUACUUAAAAAGCAGCCAAGUCAUCAUAAGUGUUCCGGGUGCUCACUCAAGGAAGCCUCCAUUAGAAAAAUUACUAUUGGAACAUAUACCAGGCCCCAAGCCUGCAAAAUGCAUUGAACUUUUUGCUAGAGAAUUGACGGCUGGAUGGAUCUCUUGGGGAAAUGAACCACUACGUUUUCAAGAUUCACUGUAUUUUCUGAAAAAGACAAAUAACUGGUGCUCCUAGGUGAAUGUGGUUGAAGUGUUUAUGUGAUUCGUGGGAGGCUGAAACCCAUGAUGGGAGCUUUGCUGGUCCUUUUAAUCCCCAACAAAGAGAUUCUGGAACAAGGACCACCACCCCCUGUACGGUGGUGGGUGUUCCCUUCCAUUGAGACCACGAAAUGACGAAUGAUUGGAAGCUCAUUCUUAGUUAUAUCUCGAGUCGUCUGCUCUGAGAGGACCAUCCACGGUCCGACAAAGAAACUAGAGAGCGUUUCUUAAUUCAUCCAUCUUUACAGCUCGCACGGUGAUUUUUUUUUCCUGAGCAAAUAAGCGUGCAUGAAAGCAUACUGAAUAUGCUGUUGAUCUUGAGGUAAUAGUUAGUUUCUCGAGAUGAACAACUCAACGAAACUUCCCAGUUCUAUCCUUGAAAUCAAUACCUAAUAUUCUAUGGGCAAUUGGAGUUAGCAUGCACACCUGCAUAUAUAAAGCCCCACAAAUGUUAACUCUCUCUCUCUCUCUCUCUCUCUCUCUCUCUCUUUUCCAAGAACAUAGCAUAAUAUUCUGUUGGGAAAGAAAAUGUAAUUGUGUGGCGAAAAUGUACAUUGUGUAUGUAAUGAAGGGGAAGGGUUAUGUUGGAUCAGGGGUGAAUGUCGGGAGUCUCCAGGCCUUUGGAGCUCAUGGUAUUUUUCUUAGGGGUGUUUGGUCCUACGUAAAAUCAUAAAAUUUAGUUUUCUGUAAUUCGUGAAAUCAUAAAUUUUUUUUUUACAUUUUA